AUGCCUGACCAAGAAGUAGAACACAACAAAGACAUAGUCGCUAUUAAAGACUGGCUUAGCAAACAACCUCAUCUGCCGAACGACGUUGAGGAAGUGUUGCUACGCCGGUUUUUUACCAGCUGCGGCUACAGCUUGGAGCGCGCCAAACGCACUAUUGACUUCUUCUUUACCGUCCGCUCCACGGCGCCGGAGCUGUUCUGCAAGCGCGACCCCUGGUCUCCAGAAAUAAGACGGGUCUUCGAAAUUACUGAUAUGCUUCCCCUGCCUUAUAAGACGCCAGAGAAUUACAAAGUCUUUAUAUACCGUCUGAAUAAUCCAGAGUUGGAUUUGUUUAACUUCAUCGACGCUGUGAAGACAUUCUUCAUGCUUGCUGACACCAGACUUACAGAAGAAGACGAUAUACCUUCAGGGGAGAUACCGAUCUUCGACUCUGCUAACGUUAGUCUGAAGUUCAUCAGUAAAGUCAAUCUGUCUGUGCUGAGGAAAUACAUGCUGUAUACACAGGAGGCAAUCCCGAUCAGGCUGAAGCAAGUGCAUGUAAUAAACGCUCCGGCGUAUAUAAGCAAGAUAUACGCUUUAUGUAAGCCUUUCAUCAAGUCUGAAGUCGCUAAGUUGGUGAAGUUCCACGAACCAAACUCUAGUACAUUGUACAAAGACGUCCCACAAGAGCUGUUGCCAUUGGAGUACGGCGGCAAAGCCGGUAGCGUGCAGCAGAUCAAACGCUACUGGAUAAAAAGAAUCGAAGCUAAAAGAGAUUGGUUCCUAGCAAACGACCAAAAUUGGAGUGUGGAUGAAGCAAUGAGACCGACCAGCUGCAAAGAUGAUAGGGCAGACCAAGUGAGAGAUCUGCCAGGAUCCUUCCGCUCGUUGGCCUUAGAUUAAAAACUUCUUAUACAUUGAUAUAUACUGCAAGUAUUACCUCAAUUUAUAGUCAAACAAGGAUAUCUGGUCUAUCGAGAGAGACGCUGCUAUCGCAGUUAUUUCUGUCAGAAAAUAUGUAAAACCAACAUAGACAUAGAAAAUAACAUAAAAAAGAAAAACAUGUCACGUCAGUUACAGUAUGAAAAGGACCUCGUGACACUUUUUUUAAAUUAUCAGGGUGGCGCUAGUGGUCUAUCAUAAUUUAGUUUGACUUAUGCCCACCGGGUCAGAUAUCCUUGUCGGUCUAUAAUUAUAACGCGUCGUAAUUACUUGAUACAGUUCCAAUUAAUUGUAUAGCCUUCGACUGGCGCGACACAUGUUGGUGGCAAUAUUUUUUAAAGGGAAUAUAAGGGAUCAUUUUAUGUAUUAAUAAAAAUGUCAUUGCUGUGCAGUUCUGGGGUAAAGUUGAUGAUUGUUAUUUGACAACGUUAUUUGAUUUCUCAAAGUUUAGUCCGCGGAGCCCUGGGGCUCUGUACGGAAAUAGGUACGCGAGAAAAGAAUUAAAAUACUCCAUAGUCAAACAAGUUUGAGAAACGCUGGUCUAGUGCAUACUUUACGUUUUUAACACAGUAGUGCUUUUUGCAGACAGUGUUACACGUGCGCUCAGUAUAUUAUAAACCUUAAAUUGCCUAA